UGUCGGUACGUGCCGCGCGGUCAUUGUAGGCGGUGCACGUGACGCCAUGCGAGCCAAUAUUCAAAUUGUGCCUGGGGCCUUGGCCCAAGCCUUGGAUCCCUUCUAAUCUCCGUUCACACAGCUCUUGCUCUUACUUCUUGACCACCACCAGCGAUGCCUGUCGCUGCUGCCCACAGUAUGAAACCUACCGACGACCCCUUCGAUGAGGCCCUUAAGCCGCCUGUUGACGAAUCGCCAGAGGACCGUGAGCUACGUAUCGCCCGAGAGGAGGAGGCUCGGCGGGUAAGCCUUGCCAUCGACGCCAGCAUUAAGGCAGAACGUCAGGCGCGGCGGAAGAAACGGAUCGUUAGGCUGCUGUUACUCGGCCAGAGUGAAUCCGGCAAAUCCACCACUCUUCGACAGUUCCAGCGGCUCUACACGCCUACUGCGUUCCGUGAAGAGCGUAUCCUUUGGCGGGCCGUCAUUCAGCUCAAUAUCGUCCGGUCAAUACGUACUAUCAUCGAUGCAGUCGCUCGUCCAGCUUCUCCCUCUACCUCACCUGCGCGCGGACAUCGCAGGAGCCCAUCUAACAAGCGUAAACCUUCCCAUACCAAGGGUGGUUCUAACGACUUCGUAGCCUUCAGCCAAGACAGCUCUAUCGACGCUCGCCUCGAUUCCGGUAACGAGUCAGACCCGGACUCAGACCCUGACAACCAUUUCUAUCGCUCGCAACCUGCUUUACCGCCGCCUUCUUCGAGUUUCGACGAGUUGCGAAUGCGUCUACUACCCUUGAAACACAUCGAACAGCUUCUGAUAGCGAAGCUCGUCCCACCAAACGAAGACGAGGCUACACAUCUUGCUGGCCCCUCGCACUCCUCCCCAGUGCGUACUCCAGAGAUUUUCGUCCGUCCGGGGCCCGCGUGGAAGGGUGGACUCGCGCGCGCAAGAGUCCACUACCCCAGUUCUACAAGUAUCGAUACCUCAUCAUCUUCUGGCGGCAGUAGACCUGUCAGCGCGGGCGAUAUUGGCUUGGAGACCCCUGAUGAACCUCAAGAAGUCCUUCAUUCAUGUCGGAGGGAUAUGAUUCAUCUCUGGUCAGACAAGAGCGUUCGUCGGAUUCUUAAAAAGAAGAGAAUACGGCUGGAAGAGUUUCCAGGAUUUUUCUUGAAUGACCUAGAGAGAAUUACAUCCUUAAAAUACAUGCCUUCAGACGACGAUGUUCUCAGAGCCCGUCUGAAAACAGUAGGUGUAUCCGAGUACAGAUUCGAAAUGGAGGUUUCCGCUGGGAGGGAUUCAGGGACAGAGUGGCGAAUAGUCGACGUCGGUGGAAGUAGAAGUCAGCGUCAAACCUGGGUACCAUUCUUUGAUGAUGUCGACGCAAUCAUUUUCCUCGCGCCAAUAUCAGGCUUCGAUCAAGUCCUGUCAGAAGAUAGAACAGUGAACCGUUUGGAGGACUCCGUGCUCCUUUGGAAGGCAGUAUGCCAAAAUAAGCUACUCGCGAACGUCGACCUCGUGCUCUUCCUUAAUAAAUGUGAUAUCCUCGAGUCGAAGCUGAAGUCGGGUAUCAGGCUGUCAAAAUAUGUAAGGAGCUACGGCGAUAGGGAGAAUGACUUGGAUACGGUUAGCAAAUACCUGAGGAGUAAAUUCAACGCCAUACAUCGGGAGUAUUCGCCUAAUCCUCGCAAGUUUUAUGCAUUUUGUACGUCUGUUACGGACACUGCGACUACCGCAGGGAUCAUAGCAAGUGUCCGCGACAUGGUCAUUCGACAGCACCUCAAGCAAUCAAAGCUGCUAUGAUCACCAUUUCUGUCUGUCUCUCUCUCACUAACGAUGGUCCGUUCAUUCGUUAUCUAUCCCACACCUUUCUGGCAUAUACCGUUCAUCUACCCACGCCCCAUUACGACCUGUUUCUCCUUUACUCUUUGUGUUACCCACGCGAUGACCACCCUAUUUUGAGAACUAAAAACCCGAAGAGAUUGGGCC